UUUGAUUCAGGUACCGUAUUUAAGACAAAUCCAUGUAAGGCUAGAGCUGAACGGAGAGCUGUUUUAGACUCUGUAUAUAGACUGAAGCGUUUAGGGUUUACGCUCUGUAGGAUCUAUCUACAUGGCUCUAAACUAGAUUAAGAAACGACAGUCCUUAUUUGCAGGAGACACAGCGUGGGUGUCGGCGUGGGUACAUGUUUAUUCUGCUACUGAAUGUCAUCCUGAUCUCCGGUAUAUGUGCGGUAAUAACAUGUCCGUGCCGCUUCCCUCCAUUGUGCCGGCCGCCCGCAAAGCUACAGCGGCGGUAAUCUUCCUCCAUGGUCUGGGAGAUACAGGACAUGGCUGGGCUGAGGCUAUGGCUGGGAUCAGGACCCCAUAUGUCAAGUACAUUUGCCCUCAUGCACCAGUAAUGCCAGUUACCCUUAACAUGAACAUGGCAAUGCCUUCCUGGUUUGAUAUCAUUGGGUUGGGUCCAGAUGCAGAGGAGGAUGAGACUGGGAUUAAAAAGGCUGCAGAAAGCAUCAAUGCUUUGAUCGAUCAGGAGGUAAAGAAUGGAAUUCCGUCUCAUCGCAUCGUAUUGGGUGGCUUCUCACAGGGUGGUGCACUAUCACUUUAUACGGCUCUAAAGACUCAUCAGAAACUUGCUGGUGUUGUUGCUCUAAGCUGUUGGCUGCCUCUCAGGAACUCGCUCUCAAAGUCAACGAUUGGCACUAAUAAGGAAAUACCAGUGCUACAGUGUCAUGGCGAAGCAGAUCCUCUGGUUCCUUUGAUAUUUGGGCGUCUUACGGUGGAGAAGCUCAAGACCAUGCUGAAUCCUAACAGCAUCACCUUCAAAACAUAUCCUGGGAUGCCCCACAGCGCCUGCCCAGAGGAAAUGGUGGAUAUAAAACAAUUCAUUGAGAAGCAGCUACCUCCCAUGGACUGAUCAACAACGCCUUAAUGAUCCAUUUUGUUGAUCAGUGGGUACAAGCCCUUUCCAGCUUAAUGUCUUGUCAAUUGACUGAACUGACGACAAAACCACCAAAUCCAAAUUCUGGACUAAUCCUGAUCUUGAACUUGUACAAAUUCUAGACAGUACAGUAUGGUUUUCAGCCCUUGUUCUGGUAUACUCAUACCCUGCAUAUUUUGCUAGAUUUUCUUGCUUUAACAUGAUUUAAUUAAUCAGUCAAUAAACUGGCACUUCCUUAUGUGUAAAAUGUGUGUUUGAUAAAGAAGGGAAAAUAUUAAUAUCUACAGAGUCUCGACUAGGUUGAGGAGUACUGUGAGCUUAAAAGCACUGAUAGAGCUAAGACAAAUUAACCGGUCAUAGUAACCUUUGGCCUUGUGAUGUUUUGCUUUGAGCAUUUUGAAAAUUAGUUUUGGGAAUAGCUCAUGAAAUAAUCUGUGUGAUUAUGACAGAGACUUUGAUUAACGACAAUAGGUUUCUGUUUACAAAAUACAAUAAAAGACAUGCCUUGUA